GUCAGUGAGGUGGACGGUGGUGGUUGAGCUGAACUGGGCUUUGGCUGCAGUUCACUUCACGCGAGACUCCAGCGGGUUUGACGCUGCUGUCAGCGAGUCACGGAGGCAGCUCGCUCUCUGCAACAAUUGACGUCUUUUAAAGUCUGGAAAUCAUUGAAGAGAUCAUCAAAUAUUUUAAGAAUUCCGAUUUAGUCUCCUUGUGACGAUGGCAGACCCGAAGUACGCCAACUUGCCAGGCAUCGCCUUUAACGAGCCUGACGUCUAUGAAACCAGCGACUUGCCCGAGGAUGACCAAGCGCAGUUUGAGUCGUUCGUGCAAGAGCUGGAAGAGCUGUGCAGCGACAGUGUGGAGCGCAUUGUGGUGAACCCAAAUGCUGCCUAUGACAAGUUCAAAGACAAGCGUGUCGGCACUAAGGGCCUCGACUUCUCGGACCGCAUCAGCAAGACCCGCAGAGUGGGCUAUGAGUCUGGAGAAUAUGAGCUUCUUGCAGAGGGGUGUGGGGUGAAGGAGACUCCUCAGCAGAAGUACCAGCGGCUUGUUAACGAGAUUCAGGAGCUCACUCAGGAGGUGGAACACAUUCAGGCAAAUGUGAAGGAGAGCAGUGCAGAGGAGCGCCUUACGCCGGUGGUGCUGGCCCAGCGAGCGGCCCAGCUGAAACAGCAGCUGGUCUCAGCCCACCUGGAUUCACUCCUUGGCCCAAAUGCCCAUAUCAACCUAGCUGACCCAGAUGGAGCUCUUGCCAAGCGGUUGAUGACUCAGCUGGAGGUGGCACGGGGGGUGCGUAGCAGCGCAGGAGGAGAAGGGAAGGGAUCAGGACCCAAAGGGCCAGAUGGAGUUGUGCUGUACGAGCUGCACAGCCGGCCUGAACAUGAGCGGUUUACUGAAUCUGCCAAGAUAGCUGAGUUGGAGAGGCGGUUGGCAGACCUGGAGACCGCUAUAGGUUCCGGCACAGAUAAGCAGGGUCCUCUCAAUGCUGGACUUCAGGGAGCGAGUGUAAUGGAGACUAUAGAGCUGCUGGAGGCUCGAGUCAGUGCUCUGGAUGCUGCCACUUUGGACCAGGUUGAAGCAAGGCUGCAGAGUGUUUUGGGGAAGAUGAAUGAAAUAGCAAAGCACAAGGCUGCGAUUGAAGACGCUGAAACACAAAACAAGGUGUCACAGCUGUAUGAUGUGGUGCAGAAAUGGGAUGCCAUGGCAACCUCCCUCCCUCAAGUGGUCCAGAGAUUGACAGCCGUUAAAGAGCUGCACGAGCAAGCUAUGCAAUUUGGGCAGCUGCUGACCCAUCUGGAUACCACGCAGCAGAUGAUCAACAACGCGCUGAAGGACAACAGCACAUUGCUCACACAGGUGCAGCAAACAAUGAAGGAGAACCUAGUCUCAGUGGAAGAGAACUUUGCAGCACUCGAACAGAGGAUGAAGAAACUCUCAAAAUAAAAUGGUUCUUUCUGAAAUGAAGAGGCAAGCGAUGGAGGGAUGUGCAGAAAGGUUAAUUCCUCAUUUUAAAUCUUGUGCUUUUUCUCCUCAUAAGCCUUUUCUUCCACAACGCUGAAUGUUGGAAAUAAAGUUGGAAACAGGUGUAGUUGAAGGUUGAGAGCAAAUGCCCUGUAACACUACAGCAAAACCAGUACUCUUUGCACCUCUUUUUCUGUUCUUUCUCUGAGGAGGUGGUUAGCAUUGUAUCUUAACCAUUUGCCUAAAUUCCACUCCUAACUCCUGGUGGAGUUUUAAAAGCAUCAAUUCCAGAUUUUCUCCCCAUGAUAUCUGUGGAAACCUUUUUUAAAUAGGCUUUGAAUGACUGAAGUUGAUCCUGUUUUGCUUGUAAAUGUAACGUCCCCGAAUAGGAAGCGUCUGUGUUUAAAUGGUAGCUCACUUUUCUAUGAACGGUAGUUUUCAAAAGUGUCCAUGAAUGAAAUGCAUACAAGAACCACUGCCUUUGGCCAACAUCUGUGGGAGGAUAUGUCCUCAUCGAGUCAUGAACAACGCUGUAUAUAUAUAUAUUACACACACCUGUGUACCUUAAACUGUUAUCACACUCAGUUGCUUGUAACUCUUAUUACUGUAUUAUGAGACGGAUCUCCACAGGUUAUUCAGCUUUUUGACAUAUGCAUAAAAAUUAAAAUUGUCUCCAGGUGUGAGAAUAAAUUUAACAUGCUUUGAA